AUGUCUGCAGGCAGAAGAAGAAGAUCAUCAAGACAUGAGUCCGGAUCAUCAUCUUCAGCUAAUAAUAAUAUCUCCGAUGAACAAAUAUUCGAUCUCCUCUCAAAGUUACAACGCCUUAUCCCCGAAAUUCGUCAAACACGUUCCAACAAGGUGGUUUCUGGUUCAGUAUUGUUAGAAGAAACAUGCAAGUAUAUUAGAAAUCUGCAAAGGGAAGUGGAAGACCUAAGUUAUCGUCUCUCUCAGCUUUUAGCUUCUUCUUCUUCUUCUUCUACUCAUGAUCACAUUAACAAUGCUCAGGCCGCCAUUAUCAGGAGCUUGCUCAUCUAA